UCCGACGCACAUCGGGCUGAGGAGCAACAGCUACACGGAGUUCGCCAAAGUGCUCCACGGCGCCCGCGGAGCCGGAUUUCUCCCGUGCGGACGGAGCGGACUACACCUGAGAGAUGCGCUGCAGGACGGAGCCAGGUGGUCGGUGAAAACCCCUCCUCUCCCACAGGGAAUGAGAAGAGGCGCAGAGGAGGACAAGCCUGGACCCCAGUGAAUGAAGAGAGCCAGACUCGGCUGGUUGUUUUAUUCCGAGGUACGUGGGCAGGAUGGGGCGCUGAGAGCCCCCCCACCCCACCAUCGCAUCUGAAGGCAUGAGAGGAACACGGAGCUCGUCUGCGGUGAUCUGACUCUGCCUGCGUCCGCGGGUCCAGUGCGCGCACAUUUCUUCAUGUUGCAGAGUCCCGGUUUAUGACAAUGGAUUACCUGCUGUGGCUGUGCAGCCUGGUCGUGCCGCUGGUUCUGGCUGUGGAAGAAACCCUAAUGGACAGUCGAUGGGCGACCACAGAGCUGGCCUGGACCACUUUCCCGGAGAGCGGGUGGGAGGAGGUCAGCGGCUACGACGACUCCAUGAGCCCCAUCAGAACCUACCAAGUGUGUAACGUCCGACAGCCCAACCAGAACAAUUGGCUCAGGACUGACUUUAUCCCCCGCAAGGGCGUGCUGCGCGUUUACGUGGAGCUCAAGUUUUCCGUCCGUGACUGCGCCAGCAUCCCCAACAUCCCCGGCUCCUGCAAAGAGACGUUUAAUCUCUUUUACUACGAGUCAGACGGGGACACGGCGUCGGACACCAGCCCCGUGUGGCGGGAGAACCCUUACGUUAAGGUGGACACAAUAGCUCCAGAUGAGAGCUUCUCUUUGCUGGAGGCAGGAAGGAUCAACACCAAAGUGCGCAGCUUUGGCCCGCUCUCCAAGGCUGGCUUCUACUUGGCGUUCCAGGACCUUGGCGCCUGCAUGUCUCUCAUUUCUGUGAGGGUUUUCUUCAAGAAAUGCUCCACGACCAUCGCCAAUUUCGCUGUCUUCCCUGAGACCGCUACCGGAGCCGAAGCUACUUCCUUAGUGAUCGCCCCGGGGGCCUGCGUGACAAAUGCCAUGGAGGUGUCAGUUCCCCUUAAGCUGUACUGCAACGGAGACGGGGAGUGGAUGGUGCCCGUUGGCUCCUGCACCUGUGUUGCUGGCUUUGAACCGUCUGCAGAUGGCACACAGUGCCAGGCUUGCAUUCCCGGGACUUUCAAAUCCAAAUUCGGCGAGGGAUCCUGUGGUCCCUGCCCUCCACACAGUCGAACGAGUGCUCGAGGAGCCAGCAUUUGUCCUUGCCAGAUUGGUUUCUUCCGGGCAGAUAGCGACCCACCUGACUCCUCCUGCACCACGAUUCCUUCUGGGCCUCGCAACGUGAUAUCCAGCGUGAAUGAGACGUCGCUGUCCUUGGAGUGGGACGAACCCGAGGACACGGGUGGACGCAGCGACCUGGUCUAUAACGUGGUGUGUAAGAAAUGCCUGAGGGAUCUGAGUCCGUGCACCCGCUGCGACGACAACGUGGACAUUGCUCCUCGGAGACUGGGACUCAGGCAGAGGAAGGUGGUGGUGCGGAAUCUGCAGGCUCACACCCGCUACAGUUUUGAGGUGCAGGCUGUUAAUGGGGUCUCUGGAAAAAACCCCGCCACGCCCAGAUACUCCACGGUCAACAUCACCACCAACCAAGCAGCGCCGUCCGCAGUGCCGACAGUCCAUCUGAUGCGCUCCACCUCAGACACGCUCAGUCUCUCCUGGCUGCCCCCGGAGAAGCCCAACGGGGUCAUCCUGGACUAUGAGAUUAAAUACCAUGAAAGGGGCCAGGCCAUGUCCCACACGGUGACCUCCCAGCAUAGCUCAGCCAAAGUGGAGGGUCUGAAAGCGGCGACCCCCUACGUCGUGCAGGUCAGAGCGCGCACCGUGGCGGGAUAUGGACGCUACAGCAACCCCAUGGACUUCAGCACCAGCCUACACAGUGACCCUCAGAAGUCGGUGCAGGACCAGCUCCCUCUCAUCGUGGGCUCGGCGUCCGCCGGCCUGGUGGUCAUCGUCGCCCUGGUUGUAAUCGCUGUUGUCUGCGUUAAGAAGCAGCGCAGCGGGUCAGAGCUGGAGUACACUGAGAAGCUGCAGCAGUACAUAUCCCCAGGAGUGAAAGUUUACAUCGACCCUUUCACGUACGAGGACCCGAACGACGCCAUCCACGAGUUUGCCAAAGAAAUCGACAUCUCCUGUGUGAAGAUUGAGGAAGUCAUCGGUGCAGGUGAAUUUGGCGAAGUGUGCCGAGGGCGACUCAAGCAGCCCGGUCGAAGAGAGAUGGUGGUGGCGAUCAAGACGCUUAAAGCUGGCUACACAGAGCGUCAGAGGCGGGACUUCCUAGCAGAGGCCUCCAUCAUGGGCCAGUUUGACCACCCCAAUGUGAUCCGGUUAGAGGGCGUGCUAACCCGAAGCUGUCCAGUCCUUAUCAUCACGGAGUUCAUGGAGAACGGCGCCCUGGAUUCCUUCCUGAGGCUGAACGAUGGGCGCUUCACUAUGACCCAGCUGGUGGGGAUGCUGCGCGGCAUCGCGGCUGGAAUGAAGUACCUGUCAGACAUGAACUACGUCCACCGAGACCUUGCGGCGCGGAACAUUCUGGUCAACAGCAACCUGGUCUGCAAGGUCUCUGACUUCGGUCUGUCCCGCUUCCUGGACGACACAUCUGCUGACCCCACUUACACGAGCUCACUGGGAGGGAAGAUUCCAAUCAGAUGGACAGCCCCAGAAGCCAUCGCCUUCCGGAAGUUCACCUCCGCCAGUGACGUGUGGAGCUAUGGCAUCGUCAUGUGGGAGGUGGUGUCGUAUGGGGAGAGGCCUUACUGGGACAUGAGCAACCAGGACGUGAUGACGGCUGUCGAGCAGGACUAUCGACUGCCCCCGCCCAUGGACUGUCCCAUGGUUCUGCACCAGCUGAUGCUGGAGUGCUGGAUGAAGGAGAGAAACCUGAGGCCCAAGUUCUCCAGAAUCGUCAGCACGUUGGACAAGCUGCUGCGGAACGCUGGCAGCCUCAAGAUGGUGACCAGUAGCUACUCAGGGGACCUGCUGCGGCUCGGAGGGACGCUCCCGGGACACAACAGAAAAAGUCCGGACAGCAGCAGUCAGGAAAUUGUUCGGCAACAAAUGAGCCAAACUCUCCCCAUCAGAGUGUGAGCCGCUGCGAACUGGGGAGGGAAUAAACUACCUAGAAACUCUCUUUUGAAGAGCUUGAUGUAAAAUAAAAAGACUGAACAGGGACUCCAGAUUCCGGACUACUUUGUGGAUUCCUCUUCAAAUAACUGGAGAUUUACUGGCAGUAAAAAAGAGAACGUUCCAUUGCAGUGUGUGAGUGUGUGUGUGUGUGUGUGUUCUCAUUGUGGUGACAUAAAGCCAAACUUCUUAUUGCCCCUCUCAGGUUGUGUUUGCAUGUCUGCAUGUGUUUUCUGACGGUUGGAAUCUUCUUCACGAUCUUCUCAAACUUGGAGCUGCCAAGCUCGGAACCAUAAGACGCAGGACGAUACAACAGUGCCAAGCAGCCUUUGCUUCGAACAUCUGGAGACCCUCUAAGCACAUUUUUGUUUUACAACUUUUUGAAAACAAGACGAUGAAAUCUGCUUCCUCUAAAAUGAAGUCUUCCUCGUGUAGUUGGGAGAUUGUCGGUGUUCGAUUUCUGUACAAAGCAUCCAAGUCUUCGUGUCAUCUCGCCCGCCCGAGAUGGGACCGACACUGUGGGGGACACGAUGUGUGCAUGCCAAAGUGGAAGCGUCUUCACGACGAACAGCGGGGCGACCAUAUCAAUAAUUUCUCACUGUAAACGGUCGCUUUGGAGCGGACUUUAAGGUCCAUGUUUUUUUUAAUCCUGUCCGGUUCAUUUAUACGCAUUGUUUUGAAUGCCGGCUAUGACCUGUUGCUACGUAAAAAGGUGUUUGUGUGGGUUUUAAACAGGGGCUCAGUGUUUUUUUAAAUAUUGCGUUUUUUCAUUAAUGACACACUGACAUUUUGGAAACAAGUUAGCCCCUUAACUGCGACCACCAUGUUUGCCACCUGGUAAUAUACACCUAAAAGAGGCUUUAGAUAGAAGGCCGACCUCACCGCUAUGUAUCUUUUUGACCCCUAAGUCUCAAAUCCUUCUUCACCAACACCAGUAUUCUAAGUGCUGUGUGGCCUUGCCGAUGUCACAGGUACUUAAAAGAAGCAAUAAACAUCCCCUAUAAAUGAGUAUAAAACAAGCCGGCAAGGUUCUGUGACAUCAAUGAAACGCUGAAGUGAAGCAGCCCAGUGUAUUCCAGCCUAAGAGAUGUACUGCAUCCAGUGUGUACUUUUUCAGAGGGCGAUAUCAGCAGCUAACUUGUUUCCAAAACAACAGACUGUCCAAUAUCCAGACCAACAUGAAGGAAUGACAGAGUACUCUCAGCGCAGAAUGUGUGGCGUUGUCCCGUUGACCAUGACCCGUGCUGUGUCGUAUAUCUCACUUUGGCGAAUGUGUGACAGAUCAGCGAGAAUUAAAAAGGUCACCGUCCAGAUGACGGCCCUUGUUAGCGACCUGACCUAGAAACACUGACGUGAAACCUCAUCUCUCUAUAUUCCUCGGCACGCCGGCUGUUUGAACUGUAUAUACCAGUAUAUUUGUCAUCAGCAUUAGCCAGCGUCCAUGAGCCGCCUUGUUUACACUCUUGUUGGUUUGACAGUAGGCGCUCAAAGGUCAAACUAAAUGUCACAGUGGAUGACGAAACAAACGUCUGUGAGGGCGGACGCUUUGCUGUACAAUUAAAAGGUGUGUUAGAUUGUACAAAGGAAGAAAAAAAAAGUCAAAAAUCAAAAAACAAGCAUUUCUCUUUCAGUAUUUUUACGAUAAUCAUAUGCAAAUAAAUUAUUAAACAGGUCUCUGCUAUUCUCUU